AUGGAACCCCAGGUGUACCCCGAGUCUCCUAUGGAGCAAGACGAGUCCUAUCCCUGCAAAGGAUGUGGAGAGACUCUCGAAGAAGGAAAGGCGUUUGAGUUGGCUGGCAAUCGAUGGCAUAUCGAUUGUUUCCGAUGCAGCACCUGCAGCACACUUCUCGACUCGGAUGCGCAUCUCCUCCUGCUAGGUGAUGGCUCCCUUAUUUGUAGCAACUGCACAUACAGCUGCAGCUCCUGUAACAACAAGAUUGAGGACUUGGCCAUCUUGACAGGAGACCAGGCUUUUUGCGCGCAGUGUUUCAGAUGCCGAAACUGCAAGAGAAAGAUCGAGAACCUCCGCUAUGCGCGCACGUCACAAGGAAUCUUCUGCAUGGAGUGUCAUGAAUCAUUAAUGGCCCGGCGAAGAAAACGGAAAGCAGGAGGGAGUAGUGGAAAGAGGCCGGCGGGGCCCAAUGUGAAGCUGGAUAAGUCCCUGCCCUCGUUGCCCCCUCACCUGCUGGAGGAGGCGCAAGUAGUGGACGAGUCGCCGAGUGAAUACACAGGCACCCCAGACCUCGGACAGAUCGCUGAAACGCCCGAUCUGGACGAGAGACCAGCAAGUUCCACGUCCAAUCAGGUCGCUGAUACCGAUAAUCUCAUUCUCCCCUCCAGCACCUACCGCAGCAGUCGGCAUUCAAUGGCACAGAACUCAAUGGCACAGAAUACCGAGCCAGAUGGCGGUGAAUUGUUGAUUCCUCUUGCGUUUGAUCCCUCCGCGGAAGGUCGUUCUUCCCGUGGUCAUUCACAGACACGGCAAGAGCCCCCUCGUGAUUACUUCAACCAGGUUCGAUCCGGGGACUCUUCCCAUCGGGCAUCCCGGGACGGACGUGAAUACCUGCAGGAACCUUCUUCCCGGACAUCUUCCGAAAACCCUUCACCUCACAUUGCCUACCAGGAAAAGAAUUGGGAACGAAACGAGGCCAAUUCGCCUGAUAAAGCACCUCAAACCCUCGAUUCAUCCAAAUACACCAGGGAGAGCUCUGCUCGCAGUUCCUCUGACAUACCCACUCACCUCAGAGACACGAACAACCCUUCCAGCACCACCAGUCUCGAAAACAGGUCGAAGGAAUUGGUCAAUGAUACGAAACGCCCGAUUCCACAGGACAGUGUUACCUCGGCCCCAGCCCGUCCCUCGAGUGAACUUCGUCGUCUCCACGACCACGGCUCCAGAGAAUCUACGUAUUCUCAGCCUUCUGGUUUCCCUAAUCUGCCCAAGCGUGGGGAUUCACUGGAAGGCAGGCACCACCAGAUUCCAAGGAAGGAGGUCGGAGCGUCGCCUGCGUCAUCUCAGUACGGUGAUUCUCCCAUGCUCCGUAGUGACACAUUCGAGCAACCGACUCAGCCUACUCCGUUGAAGACCACCCAACUCGACCAAGACGCACCGGAAGGCGGCUCCCCAUCUCUGCUUCGCUAUAACAGUGGCGGUGACUUCUCCAUGGACGAAGAAUUGUCACGCAUCAUCGGCGGAGAGGAUGCUGUCGGGCAAAGUAACGAAUCUUUCCUGAAACGUGUCUCAAACUCUGUCCGUCAUGGUCGAAGCUACAGUGAAAAGAGCGUACGUACAAGCAAGGAUGGACGGAACCCUCGAUCUCCUGGCGGCGGAAGCAUUGCCGGAACGGAUGUUGGCAGUCCAAUCGCAAGUUCUCAGAGCGAAGAGAUUUCCUGGCUUCGAAAUGAACUGCGCAAAGAGCGUCAGCGAGUUGCGGAAUUGGAAGCAGCUGCCCGUACCACCGCAGACGUAAAGCAAGUCAACACUGAGCUUUCCGAGAAGCGAUCUACUAUGGUUGUGCUUGACGCUCAACGCGAGAUUGUCCUCCGCGAACUCACAGUGCUCACUGAUCAUAUGGAAGCCGAGAAGCGUGGUGGAACUAGCGGGCCACUGGAUCUUGGAAAGCUUUCGAAUCAUGUCCUGCGCGAGCUUGCAGAGUCUAUCCAAAAGCUCAAGGAGUCGUAUGCUCCGCAAAUCGAGGGCCUGAUUCAGAAGCGCAAUGAUCUGUCCGAUCAAUUGGAGGACAUGAAUACCAAGAAGGAGAAGAGCUUCCAGGAGUUUGAACAACUUUCUUCAAAGAAUGCCCAGCUGGCUGAGCUGAACAACCAAUUGGUCCACCAGAUUCAGGAGCUCUACAAAGCCAUCGACGGACAACCGCGAUCAGACGGCCUGGGCAUUUCUCAUAACAAAGAAAAAUCAACGGUUUCGAUCGAAGCCAUGAAACCUGGUGAUCUUCACCCAUCGGUCGUGUCAAGUGCUCACAUGCACGAGGACUCGGAGCCUGCUACUGCCACUGUCGUCCCAGGCCCUCAAGUUGUCAGUAUCCGCAAAGGACAACCUCGUAAGUUCAACUGGAAGAAGGGUGGUCAGAACGUCGCCAAAGGUGUCAAAGGCCUCAAGGGAGCCUUUAUGGGCACCGAAGGACAAGAGGCUAGCGGCGGUCUUCCACGUUCCCAGACCCAAGAUCCUAGCCGUCAAGGAUUUGGAUUCUUCGGCAAUCAAAGGAACAAGCAGGGUGGAAAGAUGACACACGCCGACAGUGUUCCCGUGCUGACUGAAGUCGCUUCUGGUACUGGUGGUAAUGGUGAUGUUCUUUUCGGUACUGAUCUCGAGGUUCGUAUCGAACACGAAAAGAGCAUUAUUCCAUUCAUUGUCACGCGGUGUAUCCAAGAGGUUGAGCUGCGAGGCAUUGACAUGGAAGGAAUCUACCGUAAAUCUGGUGCUUCUUCCGUCAUUCAAACCAUUCGUGACGGCUUUGAGCGCUCUCCAUUCGAAUAUGACAUCUCCGACCCUGACCUCGAUAUUCACGCGGUCACAUCUACCCUCAAACAGUAUUUCCGCAAGCUUCCUAACCCCUUGAUCACCUAUGAAGUAUACGAGCUGGUCAUCGAUUCUGGUGAAGUCAAUCCUGUCUCCGCGCGCAUUGAGCUCCUGCAAAAGAGUCUUCUUGAACUUCCUCAAGUGCACCGCGACGUUUUGGAGUUCCUCGUCUUCCAUUUGAGGCGCGUGGUUGACCGCCACACUGAAAACUUGAUGACCUUCCAGAACGUCGCUGUGGUCUUCGCGCCGACUAUCAUGCGCCCGGAGAGCCUUGCUCGGGAAAUGACCGAUGUCCAGAAGAAGAACGAUGUUCUCAAGUUCCUGGUGGAGAACUGCCAGGACAUCUUCGCGGGCAUGCAGAAUUAA